CAGCCGUCUUCUAAGUAAGAACUGCUGAGCGUGAUCUGCAACUCUGACUUGUCCUGCACUUUAGGCAUAGGGCUCCUCAAUGUGUCCUUCCAAGAGGGCGAGAGCAGCUCCUGGGACCAUUUAGGAAAUAAGGUGGGAGGUGCAAACCUAUUGGGCCAAUUGCUGCAAGGCCCCAGGGUACCUGGUGCAAGGCCCUCAGGGUUUGGGACCUCAGCUUCUAUGUUCUCUUCAGCCAUUUCCUUCUUUGCAUUUGACCCUCUCCCUGCCAGUACUUGGCACUAACUGAACAGUGAACUCCUCUGCCUGACUGCAGUUGUGGCUCUGGGUAGGGAACCAGCAGUGCCUUCCUGGCUGGCCUCAGCUCUCCUUGUGCCCCCAGCCAUUUUCCUCCAGUCGGAUCCGCCAAGAUGCCUCACUUUUCCCACAGGGUGCGGCUGGCCGGUAUGAAGAUCUCUCGCCCCCCCACAUCUGUGGGGCAUUACAAGAUGGUGAAGCACCGAGGAGACAAGGGCAACGAGGAAAACCCACAUAGAUUUGACCUCCUGAUCCGCACUCAGAAUUCCUGGACACAAGAUGGGAUGAACUCACUGACAUACCGAUUGCUGGCUCGAGAGUUGGGCCCUCUCUAUACCAAUGUCACAGUAGACAUUGGAACUGACCCCCGGGGUCCCCGGAUUCCCUCUGGCCCUCGUUACCCACCUGGCUCCUCCCAGGCAUUCCGCCAAGAGAUGCUGCAGCGCAGGCCGCCAGCCAGGCUGGGCCCUCUGCCUACUGCCAACCACACAGCCCCCCAUGGCCCACACUGACCCUCCUUCCUGCCCACCUUCAGUCAUGAGACUGAACCAGAGGGUUCUGUUCUCCCUCCCUCAGCUCCCACUGCUCUUAGAGGGACUGGGAGCCACUUACGCUGUGCUGGGGCCGGGGCCUCUUACUGCUGGACUGGAGUUGGGCUCCUCUAGACCUGAGGGCCCCUUUCUAGGGGCACCUGCCAGGAUUAUGACUGUGAAUCCCCGAUGUCAUGAUUGUAUGUGGUGACUCCUGGGAGUGCUGCCCCUGCAGUGGGAGCAGGGCUGGACCCAAGUCCCUUCCUCUUCCAUGGAGAGAAGAGUGACCUAGCUUCUCCCGGGACCUCUGUGAAUAUUUAUUCUAUUUAUGGUCCCCAGGAUGUGUUAGGUGCAGUGAGCCCCUCCCUGGGCACUUUCUGCCAGGGCUAGAGCAGCCCCCUCUUCUGGCUCUGGCUCAGGCGGCUGGAUUUUGAUAUAUUUUCUAAUAAAGGACUCAGUCUCGC